AUUUGCUCGAGAUUUCACGAGUUGCGCGCUAAGAUUGAAUCAAUCAAAGCAAACUGCGAUCAAUAGCCUGAAGAGAAUAGAAAAUCUAGAUUCAGGUCAUCUCAUCUCUUUCACCCAGACGGAUACGAAGGCUGCUAAAUUCGUACCUAAAUUGCUGUAUUGAUUACUUGUUUCCGUUCAUUUUGCGUGUGUCAUUCAAAUGCAGGGCAGUUUUAAGAUUCAGCUCAUAAACAUGGGGACUCGGGCGGCAGCCUAGGUGGCUCGAUUCUGCGGCCUCAUUUUAGUGAAAGCUUUUUGUGUGUUCCUAAUGCAGUCCACGCAGGCGUUUGAUACCAUGCAGCUUCUUAUGGAGCCGCUCAAUCAGAAAGUCACAGCAAAGAUCAGGAGCCUAUAUGACUGCCAACUGCGACUGAUGCACAACAUACAGCCUUUGCCAUCGGGCAUGGACAUUGCAAAUACUGUCAAAUACUUCUCGCAGACUUUGCUUAGUGUUCUCAAAGAUGUGCCAAGAUCACCUCUGGAGAUGAUGCGUGAUGCUGAUAAUGACUCUGAGCGAAUGAGUCUGUAUCCAAACCUUGACUACAAAGGCCUGUUCAAUGCCAUCUCACAACUUGUCGAUUCAGCUCCACAUUUACAGUAUGGUAUUCAAGCAUUUGGUGAAGCAGUGCUGCAAUGUCUGGGUUGCCUGUUGCCGUUCCUGGAGUAUGACAUGAUAGACAACCUGCCUUACCUGGUGGCGUACUGUGUGGCUGUGUUCCCGCCCGACCUACACCAGGAGAUACUCAACCUACUGUGUUAUUACAUACUACCUUUCACUAUCACUCGUCGGUACUCUGGUCUGGAGGAGGAGAGUGAAGCUUCACAGUCUGUAGGUGCUAUUAUUAUGAUGGUGUUCCAACAUUCUAACAAUCCAGCUCAUCAUUGCCAACUCCUGGAAUGUCUGAUGUCUAUGAAGCAGCUGGUGGUUAAAGACCUGUUGUGUGUGAUCGCCUACGGAACCUUUGGAGCGAGGGUUUCCGCAGCUAAACUACUUUUCUACUACUGGCCACCCUUCGACGCCCAGCUCUUCGAUAGGAAAGGAUUGCUGUGCAAAUUCUCCAAUGACCUGGUACCGUUUCUGUGUCAGCGCGACAUGUGCCCCAACGCCGGCUGCGCGGAGGCUGCGAAGGUCUGCUACGAUCACUGCAUCAGUGUGACCUUCGCCUCCGACACGCCGCCGCCAUUAUACCUCUGUAUAGAGUGUGCCAACGAAAUACACAGGGAACAUCCGAAUCAGCGCUUCUUCGACAUUCUACAUCCACAGCAGCAAGUGUCAAUGGUUUGUGAAAAUAAGAACUGUCGGUCGACGGACAAGGCGGCGUACUCCAUCUGUUUUUCAAACGAGUGCGCCAGUUACAACGGGAACCAUCCCAUCCGGUACUGUCAGCAGUGUCACGGUAACCGUCACAACAGUCGUCGUGGGGGAGACCACGUGGUGCACACCAGACUACCGCCCGCCUGGCAGAUGGAGAGCGACAUGCAGACCAACCUCGUAGAAGCCAUCAUCAGUCUGCUGAAGGAAGCCAAGCCCACGAACAUGGAAGACCCGGACAGCUCCUCGGAGGAGCAGCACUCGCCCAUCACCGUCACACUACACGAUCCUAUAUCUUUGGAGGACAGACAAUUAUUAGGGCGGUAUGGAGUAUGGUUGCUGGUUGGUCUCUGUACACCGAACGCAGACACUCCUGACGAGGUCUUAGGAAGGCUGCUAUCGGUUUUAUUCCACUGGUUUCAUGUCACCUCGUACGCCUACACAGGUGAACUAGCGAAUACCAUCGAGAAACUGAAGCUGGAACACGUCUGUCCCUGGCUGCGAGAGUUGGCGGGCUCUCAUGAGAAGGUGGUGAUGUCGUGUCUGUUGCCUCACCCACCCAGCCAAAUGAGACAAGCCGGACAUUGGGACAACCUGGCCACCACCACACACCAUCUCAAGGACGGACUCAAUAGAUUAUACUGUCUAAUACCCUACGGUAUCAUCACUCAGUCAAUGUGGGACCAGAUCAUGCCGAAGUGGAUGAAGAAUAUCGUUAACAAGGUCCCGGAGAAGGAACUGUGGGAGCUGAAGCAGUCAUUGGGCAAGGUGUUGGAACCUGAAGGGACCAUGCUGGGUGUGGACGAGCGACGGCUGUAUGACUUCGUGCGACAGAGGCUCGAACCGCGAGUGAGACCGGGCCAGCUACAGAGCGUCUUGGGCUGGCUGCAGAUGAUAUCCCUGUUGGAAAUCAAGAUCCCCCUGGGAACCCUCUUCGAUCUGUUCAGUCACUGUGUGCUGAACAUGCCGGAGAAAAUCUGCAAACCGCCACCCGAUAAAAACAAAGAGAGAGACUUUAUAUUCAACGAGUCUCCGCCCACUCGCAAGAAAGACAAGGACAAGGAGCGUCGCGACGCCGACGACUCGUGCUCCUCCGACACCGACGACGACGGCGACGACAGGAAGCCAGGCAGCCUCACGUGCUGCAUACUCAUGAUAGACAUACUGCUCAAACAGCUGGAGCUGCAGUCGGCCAGGAACAGCACGGUGGCCGUCAGCAGCGAGGCCACCAGGCUGCUGCGGCUUAUGCUGAAGACCAACAGCGUUAACAGCGUCGAACACGCGGAGUGCAUGUCGGGCGGGGCGUGUGCGUACUGUUCGGCUGCAGCUCUGUGUCAUCAGCUGGCCGUGAGGCUGGUGCGGGCGCUGCACAGGCCGAGGAGACCUCAGCCAGCCCUGGAGGAGUCGUGGCCGGAGCUGAAGAAGAGCCAGUCCGAGGACGAGCGCUCUCGGUCCGGUGACGUCAACAGUCACGGACACGACCCCGCCCCCGGGGAGAGGGCCUCCGUGGGGGGCGUGCUGGUACACAUGCCGCAUAUAAUGACGGCCACGGUGGAGACCAUCACCGAGCAGCUGGACAUGGCGGGGGUGCUGCCGCCCCAGGAGCAGCCGCCCUCCGCCACCGCCCUCGCCGUCACGCUCACCGACACCGACGUCGCCACCGCCACGGCUAACAUCUCGACUCCCAACCUGUUAGGUGAGCACGAAGGCGAGUCUGUUGAGGAAGACAUGGCCAACUUUUGGCCCACGUCGGCUGGCAAAUUUCACUUUUGCAUCGAAGAAUUGCCCCAAGAGCUGCAGUAUAUACAUCAAUUACUACAGGAACUAAAGAACACCAAACGGCCGGACGUGCUGUAUCACCUGCUGCAAUGUCUCCAAGUGCUAGUUCUCAAUACAGAUGCUUUAGCAGAACACAAAGGUUUCCUCAUAUGGUGCCAAGAAAAUCUUCUCAUCGAAAAUCUAUGGAACGUGUGUGAGGCUGCCCAGUCCCAUAUCAGUGCGGUGGCGGCCCGCGUGCUGCUCCACUGUGUGACGCUGGCCGGCGGGGCGGACGUGCUGUGUUCCCUGGUCCGGGACGCCUUCCAUCAUCACGACCCUCACGUGAGGUUCACGGCCGUCGAUAGAGUCACUGUGCUCAUACGGUUCAUCGACGGGUCGCCGGUGAAGGCCAGCCUCCCCCUGCAAACGGCUCUGGCCACAGCCUUCUGCUACCUCAUCUCCAGCAUGGACGACAUCAACGUGUACGUGGCGCAGAGAGCCACGCUCUUCAUUGGCACCAUCCACGACACUGCCAUCGAGUUGCUCCUGUACUGCCUGGAGACCCAGUUCGACCUGGUGGCGGUGGACCGGCCCAUGGUGCUGCAGUCCGUGUAUCAGCUUCACAACACGCUGAGCGAUAGGAAGAUCCUCACGUGGGAGUUCUUCCUCAACAGAUUCGAGGCGUUGUAUCUGGACGCCCAGUGCGCUAAGAGCGGCGAUUACUCCACUCUAAGAGGCGACUCGUCCCGCUCCCCCCGCCACGAGCCGUGCGCCGCUCGUUCGCUGGCCGCGUCGUUCGGUGCCAAGUGGCCGUACAAGAGGACGGUGUCGGCGCCGGCCGCCGUCCCCACCAGCGUCGCCGGCCCCGCACAUCACCACGCACCGGCCAUUGAUCGUGAGAAGGUAUAUUCCCGCCAGUACUCGGCCCCCCUCCUCAAACGCAAGACCUCUCGAUUCGGUCUGGGGCUCGGUCAACUCCUGACACAGCCGCCGGCCCGCGGAAACAAUGAGUCGUCUAGUGGAGUGUGUGGCCCCUCCGAGUCAGUGCCUCGCGCCGAGCUGGAGGACGCCGACAGAGAGACCACCAACCUACUGGUGUUUCUACUCAUGCAGUUCCUCUCCAGAUCCGACCAAGCUCACCCGACCGACGACAAGUCCUGCCUGAAGACUCAAGAGCUCGUCCUCAAGCAUCUGUUCCUGUUGAUGGGAUACAACCCCGCGGAGAAGUUCUUUAACAUCUCGCCGCACACAUUGAGGAUGUCGUCUAUCUUCAACGCGUUCAUGUCCAACCUGCCGCAGGUGUUGGACCAGAACCACGUGAUGGGAGCCAGCAUCGCCGAGCCCACGCUCAUGUUGUUGCAGCACUGUAGUCGGCCCGCUGCGAACUGGUCCGGUGCCCCUCACUCGCUGGCUUCCCUGACUCCUCACGUCCGGAGACACUGGCUGAUGGCGCUGCUGGUCGUACUCUAUAAGUACCACUACAGUAGCGGUCCCCUGUGUUCGUUGUGCGGCUCGCUAGUCAGAUGUGUGCUGCACUCGCUACAAGCCCAGCAUCACCAGUGCCGCCGCAUACCGCCCGUUCUGCUGUUGCCGAACGCUCAAAGAGAGGCGGCAGGCACUUCAUCAUCAGGCGGAGUCAGCGCCCCCCUCACAGAAGACACCCCUCACAAAUCACCAGGACACUGGUCGGAAUCCAACGAACCGCCCAAAUUCCAACAGCAGUGGAGCGUGGAGCAGGAGUCGUCUGAGAGUGAACUCAUCGCCAUACCGGAGACCAGCGACAAGUCCGACACUACGCUCCAUGGCAGCACCGCACCUGGUUCCUUCGACGAGCCUUCCCACUAUGAGGAGGCGCCGCACGCGCUCAGCGGACCGACGCACUCCAAACUUCCUCCCGUCGGGUGUCGUUCUGGGCAGCAGUUGUCGACCAGCUCUUCCGUCUCCAUCGGCAGUGAUUCAUCGAAUAUGAAGUCAACGCCAAUGAGCGGUCAAUCGGUGGAGCUGUGGCCGGAACGCGCGUUGUCACCCAGGAACAAGCUGGCCGGCUGCCAGAAACGAGUCGUUGCUGGUAGUAGUACGUCUCCUGACACGGCGGCUUCGUCCAAUGGAGACGCUCUAGCUUCUGGGCCUCCCGCGGGUGUUGUAGGCCCCCCACCACAUGUACAUGCACAUCUACGCAGCCCAGGUGUCGCAUAUGCGUCUCCCGAAUCCCCCCUGUCCAAGAUGGAGCUGGCGUGGGGUGCGCCGCCUCACUCGCCGCUCGCCCCCCACCCCACCUUUCACAUCCCCCCUCCGGCUCCUGAACGUCUGCUUCCCAUCGGACCCAAGCCCAACAAGGAACAGUAUCCCGUGUUCAACGCGCUGGUGGACAGGGUCCGGGAAGCUCUCAAUAUACCUGACGAUUCUACGGAGCGAACGGACUCUAGCGACCCCGAGCCGCCUCGACCGCGGACCAGACCUCACCACCUCACACACACCACCUCCGCAGACAACGCCAGGUCUCCUCGUCGGCUGGCCCGCCAAGUGGCCCAACUCGGCUCUCCGCCGCAGACCGACCCGCCGCAGUCCCCGCACGCUCCCGCGCACUCACAGUCAUCGCAGCACAGCCGGCAACAAAACGAGUGGGGCCAAGGCUGGUGGGGUGGCGGGCGACGGGCGGCCAGGCGAGCGGCCCACGCCCACGCCCACGCCGCUCACCCGCCGCGUCCGGACCAUACUCUGCGGUACCGCUGCGGCGAGUGCGGCGGUGCGGUGGAGCAGUACAGCGACGAGGAGCUCGGGCUGUGCGUCAUCGUGCUGGCGACGUACGUGAGGCGCGAGCCGGGCGCCGCGGCGGCCAUCCUGCCGGCGCUGCUGCAGGCCGUGGCGCGGGUGGUGCAGCUGGCGGGCUACUCGUGGCAGGCGGAGGGCGGCGCGCGGCUGCCGGGCGGGGCGGUGCUCGUGGCCCACCAGUUCCUCCGCACCGUGCUGCACCAGCUCGCGCCGCACAACGUGUUCGUGCAGCUGUUCCUGCAGCGCGCUCCGGAGAAGCAGCGGUCGAUGUUCUUCAAGAGCGUGGCUCAGGCGUUCGUCGACUUCAACGAGCUGUAUCCGUGCGGGCCGCUGCAGCUGCUCGUCGAGCAUCUCAACUCUAAGAAGACGCUGCCGAUCGAUCAAAUGGGUGUGAUCGCGGGCAACAUGGCCACUUACCUGGAAUGCCUGGCGCCCGAGGCUCUGGGUCCGCUGGCUGCCUGUGGCGCGCUCCUCGCCGGCCUCGACACUCUGCUGCGGGCCGUGGCGCUGCGCCUGCAUCAGCUGGACGACGCCGAGCCGUUGUUACGGCUGUGUGCCGCCGCGCUCAAGAUACCCGCUGUCGCACAUCACAAGAGUCUCCUGGAGCCGAUGUCCAAGCUGCUGAGUUACGCGGUGCAGAACUUCACGGUCCGCCUGUCGGUGCUGGGCGAGGUGUGCGCGGGUUGUAUCCGUGCCUUUAGUCGUGACCGUGACAAACUGCUGCUGUGCCGCGUGCUGGUCUACGAGCUGCUGCACGCGCUGCGGACCAAGACCACCGUCCCUGACGACAACCUGUUCGUGUUGCUGCAAUUCGUGCUGCAGAGUCACGGCUAUACGUUGUUGCUACCAGCUCCCCUAGCGACCUCUCUGGCGGGGGAAACCCGCGAGGUGGGCGGCGCCCCCGCCGACUGUAUGCGACCUCACCUACAGGACAUGCUAGACCUGCUACACGACCCGCAUCUCAUCAACAAGAUUAAGGGGUCCGUGUCCAAGUCUUUGGUGAAUCGGAACCUGAUCUGUCUGAACGAGGACACGCUGGGAGCGCUGGUCAAGGGAGGCGUCGCCCAGCACGUGGCCGCGGAACUGGCGCUGGAGCAGGCGAGGAGGGCGGACCGUGCGCCCAGACACGCCUUGCCCUGGCUGGCUGCUCUGCCAGGGAGUUCCCGCGACGUGUCAGAGUGCGUGGGUCGUGUCCGCGUGGUGUCCUGGGUGGUGUUGGGUGCUCUGUGUAACGCCCGCCACGGGCCCCUGCAACUGGCCGUGCCGCUGGACGCCACGUGCCAGCUCACGGAGCACGUGCAGAGCAUCAUGGCGGUGCAUCUGGAGUCCGGCACCGCCGCCAUAAGCUCGCUGUGGACCGCUUUCCUCGCCUGUCAGCUAUGGACCCUAUACGCGCAGCGAGCCAACGCCCAGCCCGAGCUGCUGCACUUCUGGUGUAAACUGGUUCCCACGGUGCUGCAACUCACACACUCCUCUAAAGUGUUAGCGGAGACGGUGAACCUUCACUUCAUAAAUCUGCUGGAGUGUCUGCUGGAGUGUAAUUCGACCGUCCUCAACAAGCUGCUGCCUCUCUGGUCCCCGAUCCUACAUUCGCCGCUCUUCAACAUGCCUCGCCACGUGGCUCACCGGCUGGAGGCGUGUCGCGAGCUGAAGCCGGACGUGGUGUCGGUGACGCCGACGCCCGCCGCGGGCACCCCGCCCCCCGGCCCCCCGCCCGGCAUCUGCUCCCUGGCCGCCGCCAGAGAGCACCGCCGCCUCUACAGACUCCUCACUAAAAUGGCUCAGCUGGAGAUGCAUCCGCCGUCCUUUUACUUCAUAUAGAAUGUGGGUGUUAGCUUUACAACAGGACAUGGAACAAUACGUGUCGCGACACGAGUAGAACAUAUUGAGACGAAGAGGAGCGCCUGUUGCUAGCGUGACGCCGGGGGACGAGGAGCGAGCAGGCUGGCCCUGGCUGGCUGGUGCAGGGAGCCGGCCGUGGCAGCGUGUUUAGUGUGUUCACACAUACACGUAUUAUUUAUACAUAUUUUAACGUUGCCAAACUAUACAUAGAAUAUGAAUUCUGAAUAAAACUUUUGAGAAAUAACUUGUUUCAACACUAUUAAUGAAGUGUUCAGCUGUUGAGGGGACAGACUUCCGGUACUUUUUGAUAUUAUUUAUCAUCUUGUUCAAUGGACCUUCUGUUACAUUAAAGUAUGGAAUAAAAUCUACUUUCCUUAAUAGUUGUCAUAGACUGAGUUUAUUUAUAUUUUAUUUAUAUUAUAUAUAUAUAUAUAUAUAUAUAUAUAUAUAUAUAUAUAUAUAUAUAUAUAUAUAUAUAUGUGUAUUUGUUUAUUUAUUUUAAAAUUUAAAGCAGUGGGUGCCGUUAAAAAAAAAUUGUGCGUGGAGUCCCAACGGAAGAAGUGAGACUUCGCAACUGUAAAAAAUUCUUAUCCAUUCAAACUUGAAAUUACAAUACUGGGCAGUAUUACCUUACAUGUGUAAAUACGAAUAAACAUAAAAUAUAUACAAAUUUAAGUAAUGUCAUCUCGUCUGCCCGCGAUCAGGGUUACUGAGAAGUAAUUCUGACGAUUCCGGAACAUUAUUUGUACAAAAAAAUAAUAAAAUACGAAGAA